AUGGUGGGGCGGCGCAAAAUGGGCGCGGAAGCGCGGCGCAGCGGCGACAGCGGCGGCAGCGGCGGCAGCGGCGAGCCGCAAACAGCGACAAGUGGAGAAAAACGGGAGCUGGGAGGGGUCGGGCUGCUGGACUGGGGCGCAGACACGAUCCUGCGGCGGUUUGCCGCGGAGCCGGAGUAUAUCAAGGUACUGGCGCGGAAGAAGGGCGCGCGGUGCUUCCGGCGCCUGUUUGUGGCCCAGGAGCUGCAGCCGCCGGUGGACAGCCCUCUGCAUGCGAACCACAGCUCGCAGUCGCUGGGCCAGGCAGCGCCAGCGGGUGACAAGGCGCGGUCUGUGUGGCUGCUGCGGUUCAGCAAGGAUGGUAAGUAUCUGGCGAGCGGCGGCAAGGGGCGGCAGCUGUGCGUGUGGAAGGUGAUCGCGUCGCCGAUGGAGCGGUGGAAUCUGCUGCCAGUGUACGGCGGGGACAAGCACCACUCGAACACGCUAUCGCUGCUGAACCAGCAGCUGCUGAAGUACUCGGGCAAGCGGACGGAGGCGGUGCCCGCGCCGGGCCCGGAGAGGAAGGAAAUUCCGUUCGACCUGGAGCAGCAGUACGCGCCGGUGUUCCACCCGGACCCGCACCGUGUGUUUGGCGAGCACCUGCAGGACAUACUGGACUGCGACUGGUCCAAAAACUCGUUUCUGCUGACGGCGUCCAUGGACAAGACGGUGAAGCUGUGGCACAUCAACCGCACAACGUCCCUCAAGACCUUUGUGCAUCCAGAUUUUGUCACAUGCGUGAGGUUCCACCCACACGACGACCGUUUUUUCUUCUCCGGUUGUCUAGACCACACCGUGCGGACAUGGUCCAUCCUGGAGGGCGAGGUGGCCGAAGCCUUCAACUGCGGGGACCUGAUCAUGGCGCUCGAUGUCUCGCCCGAUGGCAACUGGCUUCUUAUAGGGACUUUUAAUGGAUACGUCCAUGUCUUGCAUACCAAUGGCCUGAAGUUGUUGCACUCAUUCCACCUUCUGCAGAAGCCAAACGAGACUGAAAACCGGCCACGCCACGGGCCAAAGAUCACAGGCGUAGAAUUUAUAAGACAUAAGGCCUAUCCUUGGCUAGGGCUGCUGAUCACGUCCAAUGACUCCAGGGUGAGGUUAUUUGAUAUGAGUACAACCAGGCUGCUUGAGAUUUUCCGCGGCUUCAGCAACGAGUCAUCCAGGAUCUCCGCGCACCAUCUCGAAAUGGAAGACGGUGAAUCCGUCGUACUCAGUGCCAGUGAGAAUCAUUGGCUAUACACCUGGAUGCUGCACCAUGAGGAGUACAUGUACUCCCACUCAGACCUGGACAAUGCGCGGACUGUCCCGUCGCCCAUCGACGGUAAGGACCCCAAGAAGCAUUCAAUAAGGAACAUCUUCAGACGGAGUAUCAGCUUCAACUCGGACAUCCUAUCCGAAAGUAACCCAGUCGCUCGUCAUCACUUCCCGCUUUUCCACCACAAGGCACAACACAAGGGUGGCUGCGUUAAAAAUUCGGAAUAUAUUACAUUUCAUGCACACCAUAAUCCGGUGACUGCGGCAACCAUCGCACCUAAAGAAACAACGCACGUGCUAUCUCUCUCCGAUGACAUUAUCUGUGAGCUCAAUAUGAAGUUCGGCGGCGAGGCCCUCGAGCAUCUUCGGACAAAAAGCAUCAGGGAACCCGGCUCGCCCGCAGGCAGAUCAGAUCACAAGCGCAACCAUAGCGCAGAGAAAAACUAUAGUCAGUCUACAGCCAAGCAAAACGUGGGGACCAUCAUAGUCUCGGCUGCAGCUACCGGUCAGAUACGCGUGUUUCGGACAGAUGUUUCCAGCAGUGUUCGCGCAAAGGCAUUGGAGGCAAUUCGCGCAGCCCACGGCCUCCCUGGUUCCCCGGAGCGGCCACUUAAGCCGGUUCUGAGUGCCCUCGCUCACCCUCUGUCCGCAGGUGUGGCGAAAGGCAAGCACAUCUGCGGCGAUAAUCGAUCUGCACCCAGCACCACAUGCCCACGGUGUGCUCCGUCCGCGGUCAAUGGGCAGCAGGAUGAGUCUGCAAGCACUGCAGAACAGUCCACAAGCAGCCCGAAGCCCACAUGUGAUGUCUGCGGGGGGCAGAAGCUGUCGGUCGUAGGUAAGAAGACUGCACUACAGAAAACCAAGUCACUGUAUUGCCUCGAGUGUGGCAACCACAUAAAUAGAUUUAAAUAA